GUGGUCUCAUAAUAACUGUCAACAUUAAUUACUUGGAAGAAUAAUGUCUCAUAAGGGAGCAAUUAAAAAAGGUUCAAUUAACAGGGAUGGGCAACAAAUCAACACUAAAUCCAAAUCAAAAAAUUCGUCAGUCCUUAAAGACUUAGAAGAUUAUGAGAAAGUAGAUUUAAAACUGACAAAAACUCGUGAAAAAAGAAAAGAAGUAGACAAUCACACAAGAUUAACACAAAAUGUACAAUCAAGCAAAAGCAGUGUAAAACAUUCUAUUCGAUCUCCUAAAAGUAUCUCUGUCAAAGAAACUUUAUCCUCAACAUCCAAAUCAAAUGUUAAUAAUUCUAAAAUGUUAUCAAAAAGUAUAUUAAAUUCUAAAACAUCAAUUGAUCCUACAAAAAAAUCAAGUACUAAUGCUAUAAAAGGUAGUAAAAGUAGCAGUGGAAGAAUACAAAGUAAUUAUUCAGAAAAGAGAGGACUGAGUACAAUAUAUAUACCACAAUCACUUACAAGUAAACUUAAUGCUAAAUUAAAUAAAAGUGCCAAUUAUGCAUCAAAAAGAAAAGAACAAGACAAAAUACAUUCAAAUACAUUAGUGGAAACUACAUCAAAAUUUAGACAAUGCAGAUUAUCUAGGACAUUGAGUCCAAGUGAAGUAAAAAUGUUACAUUUUACUACAAAUAUACCAAACUCUUCAGAGGACUUAGACCAAAAUAAUAAAAAGCAAGCAGAAGCACUUCAAGCAGACAAUGAAGAUGAUUAUGAAGAUGAUUUUGAGGAGUAUGAAUCUGAUUUUCAAGAAUGUACAGAUAGUGAAACAUCUGAAGUUAGUGAAGAAACAAGCAGUAAUCAUACUAUUUUACCACUGGAUCCAAUUGAAUUACAAACUACAAAACAACGCAAAACUGUGGAUAGUUCUGAACAAAAAGAAGAAGAACAUAUGCAUGAUUCUGGUCAUUAUGAGCUUACAGAAGCAAGGAAGAGAGCAGCAAGAAUAGAAUCAAUUGCAAAUGACCCUAAGUUAUCCGCUCUUCUUGAGAUAAAACAACCCAUUAAUAAAUCAUAUAGUGAGGAUAGAUUAGAGAAUAAAUCAUUACCAUUAUCUACUGAUGAAGGAUUUGAAGAUAGUCGUUCCGGUGAUUUUACAAAAUCACCACCUCUCUCGCAAAUUUCUUUUAUUGAUUUUCGUAAAAACAAAGAAGAACAGAAAACAAAGAAAUGCAGGAAAAUUUUAAAUAGAGGUGAAGAACUAUUAGAGAUGAUAAAAUUAGAUGUCAUGGAGUGGUCACUUCUUGAAUGUUCACCUAUACCAUAUGAAGAAUUCAUUAGAAACUAUGGGAAAUCAAAUGCUCAACAAAUAUGCACGCAAACUGGUGAAGAUAAUAUUGAUAUAGAAACACAAACAGAGAAAAUUAUAUUUAAAAAUAAGUGGACUCAAUUUCCAAUAACUUGUAGAAAAAAUUUACAAACCAAAAAAGAUUUAGACUUAUUUCGUAUGGAUCAAAUUGGAGUUGGCAGUGACAAUGAUGUAGAAAUUAUAAACUACUCGUUAUCACAAUCGUUUGAUGUAUUGCGAUUAAGUGAUUUUAUGAAUCGUGCAGGAAAGGUAAUGUUAUCAUUAUUGGAAGAAAGACGAUCUGGUGGCAACCUGUUUAAAAACGAAGAAGAAAUACCAUUUAGUGACGGUGUUGUUAAACUUUCCAUAAAUUCCGUAACAUUUCUAGCUGGUAGAGCAGUGACGAUAAUUCAUUAUUCUGAAGUAAUAAAUCAAAUUUUACUGACUAUUCAUUCUUCAGUCGAAGAAGAAAUCGAGACAUCUAGUAAACAAGACUAUAUAACCGAUUGUUAUAUCGGUUGCAUCUGGAAUAUUUCUCAACCGUCGAUGCCAAUUAAAUUAUUGUAUUCUACCUGCCCUAUUACUGCAUGUUGUUUCCAUUCAUCAAAUUAUAACAUCGUAUUUGCUGGUCUUGAAGAUGGAUCGAUAAGUCUUUGGGAUCUAAAAGAAGAUGAAAUGUGGCAUCAGAAAGUAACAGAUAAAGCCAAUGAUUUAGAUUGGACAAUACGAAUGCCUACAUAUACAACAGCGACGAAUGAAGAAGUAAAUGCUUCUGCUACUCGAAUUGUUGCAAUACGUAUAUUGUCUAAAAUUGAAGAAAAAUCAUUAGAGCGGCGUAACAAUAAAUUUGUACCGAUACAGAUAUGUAGUUUAAAUGAAAAUGGUUCCAUUGUUAUAUGGAGUGCUUUACAUAAUAUGGGCAAAAAUAUCGAUGAUUUAGGACUAUCAUAUUGGGGUAGUAUAAAACUUGUUAAAAGCCAAGAACUAUUUUUACAAUCUAAUCAUAAAAAAAAAAGGAUCAGUGCAGCAACCUUCAUUGAUAUGCAUGUAGAUUGCAUUAAUAGUAAUAAUCUUUAUAUUGUCACUAACAGUAGCAGUGUUUUGCAUGGUACUUGUAUUGGUAACAAAGCUAAUCCUGCUCUAUAUACAAAGUUGGAUACUAGUGUCUGUGGAAACGUAACUUCUAUAGAAAUCUGUCCCUUUGAACAGUCAUUUUUUUUGGUCAGUUGUGAUGAUGGAACAAUUCGAUUGCAUUCUUUAAAUACUGAGAAGCCAAUAUUACAAUUAAAAGAUGAAAACAAUACAUGUAUGAAUAAAUCAGUACAAUGGUCAAGGUCAAAACCAUUUACAUUUUUUGUAUUAGACAGUAAAUCAUGCAUACAUGUAUGGGAUUUAAGCAAUAGUGAUAUAUAUCCAACAUACAGAAUAAACAUGCAAAAAAGUGGAUCUAUAAGAAGUAUGCAAUUGUCAUACUGUAAAACAAAGCGUGAUAUGUCUCAUCAAUACUUGGCAUUUGGUACAGAAUCUGGGGAUGUAGAAAUACAUAAACUAAGAACGAAUUUUUAUUAUUCCAAAAAAGAAGAUUAUUUACAGGAAUUAAAUACUUUCAUGCGAUAUGUAGCGAUUUUAUAA